GAGUUGAAUCAGCAUGUAGCUGACACUCCGUAAGAAAAAAAUAAUCUGGUGUAAAAAAAAGAUGGGAAAAGCGACAGCAGUGACGCUACUUCUUCUGCUCUCAUGCAUCGGCGGGACUUUUGGGAAGUCCUGUGAGGUCAAAUGCGGGCAAAUGUCCGACUCGUGCUCCUGUCACCCAACGUGCACGUCUCUGGGGAGCUGCUGCGCGGACUAUAAGGAAUUCUGCGUGGAAACAUUCCCGCACUCUGGCUCCAUUUUGGGUGGGGUGGAUUUACUUGUCCUUAAUGCGAAGUUUGACAAAGGAUCCCCACUCGUGUGCAGGUUCAAUGGUGACACCGACACUGUGGGCUACGUGGAUGACAGCGGGCGGGGUCACUGCAUCGCCCCGCUCUUGUACCAAACUGGAUGGGUUAGCUUGCACGUGUCCUCCGAUAACGGCACGGCGUUCAGUCGAGCUGGAGCCUGGCUGUCAGUGCACACGGGCAAGUUAGAUGCCAAAUUCAAGGCCACGCUGGUCAACUCAACAAAGUGGCAGUACUACGGCACGCCUCAAGUUGGGGGUUCCCUGGAGAUGGCGUGGAACACGUCACUGGUCCGAGCAGACCGAGUCAACAUUGAGCUGUGGGGUUAUAUAGAGACAGGGAAGCCCUAUUCAGAAGAGUGGCUGGCAGAAUGGAAGUAUCUGUACUCCAUUGCCAAAGAUCAACCCAACAAUGGCGCCUUCAGCUUCGUGCCACAGCCAGCUCUUCACUUCUCCAGCUGGGAGCUCGGUGCGGUCCGCGUCAGCUCCAGCGUCCACUCGGACGGCAUUUGGAAUGUGCAAGCUGCAUGGACCGAGGACCACGCCCUGGCCUGGCACCUGGAGGAGAAGUUCAGGGAGGACUCUCAGGCCUGGGCCCUGGAAAAAUGUUUGGCGUGGGAUCAGCUGGAAAUAACGCUGCCAAACUUCCUCAACGAGAUCAUCGACUGCCCCUGCACGCUGGCUCAGGCCCGAGCCGACACAGGAAGGUUCCAUACUGAUUACGGCUGCGAUAUAGAGAAAGGAAGUGUGUGCACUUACCACCCGGGUAGUGUUCACUGCGUGAGAGCCAUACAAGCCAGUCCCAAGUAUGCAGCCGGGCAGCAGUGUUGCUACGACAGCAGUGGCGCUCAGGUGCUAACGGCAGACUCCAUCGGCGGCAGCACGCCAGACCGAGCCCACGAUUGGGGUUCGCCUCCUUACAGGAAGCCCCCAAGGGUCCCUGGACAGUCCCACUGGGUCUACGACGUCCUCAGCUUCUACUACUGCUGCCUGUGGUCCGACAACUGCCACUAUUACUUCAAACACCGGCCCUCCAGCGACUGUCGGCGCUACCAACCUCCCAACUCUGCCGUGGUGUUUGGAGAUCCACACUUCAUAACUUUCGACGGAGUGCGCUACUCCUUCAAUGGCAAAGGCGAGUACAGAUUGUUGACGUCGGCCGGGAAAGGACUGGCAGUCCAAGGCAGAACAGAGCCGGUCAACGGGACGGCCGUCAACGCGACAAAGCUGUCGUCCGUCGCCAUGAAAGAGGCGUCCUCCGAUGUCAUCGAGGUGCGACUGUUACCUGGUCACAGCCGCCUCCAGGUGCUGCAAAAUCAGAAAAGUAUUUUGUUCAACGAGCAAAGCUGGAUGGACCUCAAUGGGGUGUUUGUGUUUUCACCUGUGGCUACAAACGUGACCGUCAUGUUCCCCAGCGGCGCCGGCGUUGAGGUGCGGCUCAGAGAGGGAACUCUCGCCGUUUCCGUGCUCCUACCCGAAGAAUUCCGAAACUCCACGGAGGGAUUGUUGGGAAACAUGAACGGCGACGCCACGGACGACCUCGUUGUCGACAUCGGUCAGCAGCUGGCAGACUACAGUGAUCCACAAGAGGUGUUUGACUUCGGGGCCAGCUGGGCUGUGUCCAACACAUCUGCCUUGUUUACGUAUGACUCCAAGUACCUUUUGGACACCUAUUACCAUUCCCCCAGGCACGACAACCAUUUUGUUCCUGUGUUUGUCGUCCACGAGAGUCCCGACGAUCCUCUCUACAACAUGGCGUCUGACAUUUGCUCUGGAGAUGGUUCUCAGUUCUGUCGGUAUGACAUUCUGGUUGGUCGUGAUCCAAAAAUGGGAAAGGCCUCCAAAAUAUCUUUCCUGAGUCACAUUUCUCUGGUGGAGGACUUAAAGCCAGUUAUUUCUUGCGGCUGGCUCGCACCGCCACCUAACGGCAGAAAGGAAGGCACUACCUAUUUGCAAGGGGCUAAAGUGCGGCUUUUCUGCGAUGACGGCUACACGCUGGAAGGAUCGUCCGAGCGCACCUGCCGGGUGGACGGACGUUGGUCGGGAGGGGACACGAGCUGCACGCCAUCAAGUAAUAUUGCCGGCAUUGUCGCUGGUUCAGUCAUUGGUGCCUUGACACUGAUUAUAAUCAUAACAACACUCGUCCUCCACUCCCGGAAAAAGAAAAGGAGACCGUCAAUAGACACAUGUACAAAUGCUGACCUCUAACCAGGAUUUUCUCUCCGUGCUAUCAACUAAGUCAACAAUAUUUGCUAAAACUCAUAUUACAGCUUCCCUGCAGUAUUAACACUCCAGUUUUGUCAAUGCCACAUUCAGAAAAUGGCCCUUGUGGGUUACAAUUCACUAUUACAGAUUACACUUAUUUUAUCAGUAUAUCGCCCUCAAACAGAUAUGUACAGUAAUGGCAUGUUAUAUACAUUUAAAGGGGAACUGCACUUUUUUUUUUUUAAAUGUUGCCUAUCGUUCACAAUCAUUAUGAAGGACAUGACGACGGCUGGAUUUUAUUUUUAUGCGUUCUAACUUUUAAAUAAAUGUAAAUAAAAGUCUUCUUAUAAUAGAGACAAUGUGAUGUCCUGUCUUCCGCCCAUAAAACCCAAAUACAUGAGUCAAUAAACAUUGGCUCUUAAAGAAAAACUGCACUUUUUUGGGGAAUUUUGCCUAUCGUUCACAAUCAUUAUGAAAGACAUGACGGAUGAAUUUCUUUUUUUAAUACAUUUUUACUCGUAAAUAAAAGUUGGCUUAUAGUGGAGUCAAUUAACCCCUCUAUUUUAUCCAUAAAAUCCAAUAAAUACCCAUCCAAAAACCGCCAACAAUACCCCAUUUACAUUUCGUUACUUGAAUAUUAACCAAGUAUUAGUGAUAUUGUUAUUAUAAGCCCUAACGCAGACGGACUAUUUAUAGCGGCAAUGUGAUCGCCAGUUUAUGCUGCUAUGUUUACAACAUCGAGUGGUCAGCUGUUUCCUCGCUUCCCUGCUCCUUUGUUGUAGAUCAUAAAUGAUGCCUCUCACCUGGAUAGUAGAAGGAUGAGGACGUAAUCCUACAAGUUGGUACACUUUAACAACAAAUUUAAACCCGGAAAUGACAAACAACACGAAAUGAUGCUUGAUUCCACCUGCCUUUUCUUCAUCUAAACAGGAAUAUAACAAGAUUCUAUCAGUCGGCAUCCUAAUGACAGCAGACAUUGUACAGUAAGUGAUAUUUUAAUAUGUUUGUUGGCUCUCAUGAAGUCUGCAGUGAGUAAUCAUCAGUGAUGUUGUUGGAAAAAAAAGGAACGUUGUAAUGCUUUUUUAAAUUAAUGCACAGCGUAUGCAUAAAAUGAGCAAAAUACGUAAAUAUUAAAUAUUAUUAUGAAUGUGCCUGCUAGUACAUUACAAGCAUGCAUAUAAAACUAAAAGAGGUGUUUGGAUGGUUUUUUUAAGGGCUUUUAUAGGCAGAA